AUGAGCACGACCGUCACCUCCCCCAACCUCGUUCGGGAGGGAACCCUGAAUGCGCUGCGAGCCCUCACCUCGCGCGGCACGACGGCAUGGCCGGAGCCCACGCUCUCCGUCGGUCGCCAGAUCGGCAAGUUUGGCAAGGAGCUGUGCUGGGAGGCCGUCGGCCCUGCGCGGGAUGCCUUCAAGAGGAUGUGCCCGCGCAUCAAGGAGCAUCUCGAGAGCGGCGUGGAGACGGUAUCCUCGUGGGUUACCUGGUCCAUGUACAUGAUUGGCAAGACGCCGGAGCUGGCCUGCCCGACCAUCCUGUUCUGCUGCGAGGUGUCGGCGCAUCGCAAGCUUGUGAGGAACGUCAUCAAAGAAAGCGGUAUCCUCGAUAAAUACCCCGGCAUAAAGACAGGCCAUGCUUCUCGACCACCGGAUUUUAAUCAACUGGUCCGGGUGGCUGAGGCGAGCGACAACGACCAGCGAUCCGCGCUUGUCAUUGAAGGGCUCGUCGAGCCUCACGGCAGCCCCUGUGGAAUGGAGCUCACCAUCAACGCUGGAUCAAGGGAACCUCAAACCAGCAGCGCCACCGUUGGUGGUGUCAUCCAGCUUGGGGAGCGGUUCUAUUACUUGACAGCCGAGCAUGCAUUCCGUUUCGCCGGCGAGGAGGAUGCGUAUGACAGAUUAUCUGAUUCAGACACCGACAGCACCUUGUCCAUCGACGAGGACAUUUUUAGCGACGUCACCGACGACGGCAACGAUCCGGAUCGCGCAGCACUGGCCAAGCUCGAUAUAUCCGACGCGCAACAGAGCGAGCUGCCCCGCAUCAGACCAGACUUUCAAGAAAACGUGAAGCAGAAGCAACUACGAGUCAUUGAAGAAACGAUUCGACUUCCCACAAUCGCCAUCUGCUCGGCAGAUGAUCCCGCGACCAACCUUGACUACAUCCUUAUCGAGGUAUCCAAGGUUACUCAUCAAGCUCCGAACUCGAUCGAAUACGACGGAAAAGAGAUUUCUGUCCAAAACAUAGUUGAGGAUGGACCCAAGGAUGUCAAAAUCCUUGCCAUUACAUCUAGAGGCAUCCUCAGCGGGCGACUUUCCGGUACCGGCAUGUUCACAAGCCUCCCCGGCACGGACACAUACCAGGAGGUUUACUAUGUCCAACUCGACUAUCCUUUGGAAAUCGGGGACUGCGGCUCGUGGGUAAUCCAUGCCAAUACCGGCGAUCUAUUCGGCCACAUCGUCGCCGGCUCCCCGGAAACUGGUGCAGCACUCAUCAUUCCAGCACAGUUGACCUUUGACGAUAUAGAGAAUCGAACACAGAUCCGUCCGGAGCUGCCAGUGGUGCCGAUACAGCCAUCGCCGGAAUAUGUUCAAACCAAACUAGAUCGGAAAACACCAAGGGAAAUUGAGUCGCGACUUCGACAGCUUACACAGAACGACAUUGCGUGGACUAGAGAUUUCACUGCGCGAUUCGUUGAGUUGAUGCGAAAACGGCACAAGCAGAGUAUUCGGGACAGAGCCAAUGACAGAGCCAAUGAAACCACAAUCAUCGUACAAGGUUCGUCCUCCAAAGACCUGGCGCCUCCGUCAUACCAUCAGGCUAUGAAGGACACGAGCCUUCGCGACCGAUUUAGGAGAAGAUUCCCACUCAUCCCAGAGCCGCCCGCAGAAGGAGAUAAAGAGGCCCAAAAGUUCCGCAAUCUUCUCAUCAGCCUAUCAUAUAUGCCACUAUUGUAUGAAGACGAGGGGUUGCAAGAGUUGGCUCUGGAUACGAUGCCAUUGGACGAGAUAUAUGUCAAGGCAUCAGAGAAAGAGUCGGCGUACGCGCAGAACACGCAGGCAUCCAGUGGAAAAGAUCCUCACUGGAAUUUUAUGGAGUGUUCCAUCAUCGCCAUGAUGGACUGGUUCAAAAAUCGGUUCUUCACUUGGGUCAACAACCCUCCUUGUUCGGAAUGCCAGUCUGCCACGGUCGCCGUUGGGAUGGGCACGCCAACAGCAGAGGAAUCGGAGUUUGGCGCCCUCCGGGUCGAACUCUACCGAUGCUCCAACCCGACUUGCUUGAGCUUCGAGAGGUUUCCUCGCUACAGAGACCCGAGGAUGCUCAUGCGAACCAGGCGAGGUAGAGUCGGUGAAUGGGCGAACUGCUUCGCUCUGUUCUGUCGAGCACUCGGAGCGAGGGUUCGCUGGGUUUGGACGGCAACCGACCACGUUUUCGUCGAAGUAUACUCGGUGAGCCAGCGCAGAUGGGUGCAUGCCGAUCCUUGCGAGAAUGCUUUUGAUCAGCCCCGACUGUAUAGUGAAGGUUGGGGCAAGGCACUCAUAUAUGUCAUUGCUUUUUCGGUCGACGGCGCCACAGAUGUAACGAGACGGUACGUACGCUCCGUCUCCCUCUUUAGAGAGCGUCCUCGAGCUCGAUGCUCGGAGGAGGUCCUGGUGCACAUCCUGCGGCAGGUUACGGCGAUGCGGAGAACCUCACUCGGAGAUGAGGAAUUGGCGCGGCUGCAGAAAGAGGACGUGCACGAGCAGAAGGAGCUCAACACCUAUAUGGUGUCAAGACUCACGUAUGAAUUUGUAUCUAAAUGGGGUCAAGACCGGGCUGGUGCAGCGCAGAGAAGCGAUGCAAAGCGGCAGGAGGCGGAGGAAGUGCCGGAGCUCGAGUGUCCGCAGACGCGAGAGGCACAAUGA